AAGUAUCAUUUGUUGAGCAUCUGUUACAUGUUAGACGCUGUGCUAUAGGCGUAGAUUUAUUGACUCCUUAAAAUUGCAUGUAAGUUCAUGAAACUGAUGGAAGAGGGUACAAAGGAAUGUAGCAUUUCUGUCUUAAGCUCAAUAAGGUGCAAGUGUUAAAACGGUCUGAGUUGUCUUCCCAGGUUGUAGUGCUUGUUGGAUUCUUAUUAAAUCCAGUGUUUGCUUAGCUCUGUAAAUAGAAUUCUUUUAAGUAUGGCUCAGAUUCCUCUUACCUCACAUUGCUGUUAAAGUCGGUUUAUGAUCUUUCUCUUAUUCAGGUGGUCUGAUAAUACUGCCUGACAGCUUAAUAUUUCCAAGGCAGUCUGCUGUCUUGUUGAUUUACCCACUGUCCUUUGCCUACCAAGUUAAGAACACACAUUUAGCUUAACACUCAAGGCCCCCUGCUACAUGGGACCAAAUUCUUUUUGCCAGCUCAUCUUCUUUGGCUCCUAGUUGUACCCUCCAGUUUAGCCAACUGGGAUUAAUGUUUUCCAAGUGGGCCUAUGUAUAUGGCUUCUUCCCCUCAUCUCUCAAGCUGGAAUGCCUUAUCCUUUAUAUACCCCUGUCAGAAUUCUAUCCUUCCUUCAGGGCCCAUCUCAUGUCCUGAUUUCUUCUAUUAAUGUUCUGUUUUGAACUCCUGUGAGCCCUGGUGGUGUAGUGGUUAAGAGCUAUGGCUGCUAACCAAAAGGUCGGUAGUUCGAAUCUACGAGCCUCUCCUUAGAAACCCUAUGGGCCAGUUCUACCCUGUCCUAUGGGGUUGCUUUGAGUCGGAAUUGACUUAAUGGCAACGGGUUUGGUUUUUUUAAUAGUACUUUGUGGAGCUCUGGUGGCAGGCACACUGUUCAAGAGCUCUGCUGCUAACCAAAAGGUCAGCAGUUUGAAUCCACCAGCCCUUCCUUGGAAACCCUGUGGGGCAGUUCUCAUGUAUCCUGUAGGGUUCCUAUGAGUCGGAAUCGACUCGAUGGCAACGGGUUUCAUAGUACUUAACACUUAAAGCGUUUUGUACCAUUCCAGUCUUAUUCUAGAUGGUAAACUCUGAGUUUAUGGCCUAAUGUGUACUUAUCUAUGUAAGGCACUCAAAUAUUUGUCAGAUUGAAGGGACCGCUUCUUGUAUUGUCUUAACUAAACAUUAUUGUUAGGUGUUAUUUUGGGGCUGGUGAAUGCAAACCCUGUAUAAAAUUUAUGUCCUGCCAAACUGUUAGGAUAUACCUGCAUGUUGAUUUAUGAUGUACAAUCUAGGCCAAAACAGGACGAGUUAGAUUUGUGAAGUUUACUUCUUGCCUCUGAAAUAAUAGUUUGAACCUACUCAGUGGCACUGUGGAAGAAAGGCCUGGAGAUCUGCGUCCGUAAAGAUUACAGCCAAGAAAACCUUAUGUAGCAGUUAUAUUCUGGGACAUGUUGGGUCGUCAUGAAUCAGAAUCUACUCGGCAGCAUCGGGAGUGCAAAACCACCUACCUGGAACACCUUCCUCCACCACUCCAUGAGUAUGAGCUGGCUACGUCCAACUUAGGAGAGGAAGUAGAUGACGUUUAUCUCAUUCGAGCUCAAGGAUUGCCCUGGUCAUGUACUGUGGAAGAUGUGCUUAAUUUUUUCUCAGACUGCAGAAUCCGCAAUGGUGAGAACGGAAUACAUUUCCUCUUAAAUAGAGAUGGGAAACGAAGGGGUGAUGCCUUAAUUGAAAUGGAAUCCCAGCAGGAUGUGCAGAAAGCCUUAGGAAAGCACCGCAUGUACAUGGGUCAGCGGUAUGUGGAAGUAUAUGAGAUAAACAAUGAAGAUGUGGAUGCCUUAAUGAAGAGCCUGCAGGUCAAAGCUUCACCUGUGGUAAAUGAUGGCGUGGUUCGUUUGAGAGGACUUCCUUAUAGUUGCAAUGAGAAAGACAUUGUAGACUUCUUUGCAGGACUGAAUAUAGUAGACAUUACUUUUGUCAUGGACUACAGAGGGAGAAGAAAAACAGGGGAAGCCUAUGUGCAGUUUGAAGAACCAGAAAUGGCCAACCAAGCCCUGUUGAAACACAGGGAAGAAAUUGGUAACCGAUAUAUAGAGAUAUUUCCCAGCAGAAGGAAUGAAGUUCGGACACAUGUUGGUUCUCACAAGGGAAAGAAAAUGGCAUCUUCUCCUACUGCUAAGUAUAUAACUGAGCCAGAAAUGGUCUUUGAAGAGCAUGAAGUAAAUGAGGAUAUUCCAGCCAUGACAACUUUUGAAAGUGAAAAGGAAAUAGAAUUGCCUAAGGAGAUGUCAGAGAAGCUUCCAGAGGCUGUUGAUUUUGGAGCUACGCCUUCAGUACAUUUUGUCCAUAUGAGAGGAUUGCCUUUCCAAGCUAAUGCCCAAGACAUUAUAAACUUUUUUGCUCCGCUGAAGCCUGUUAGAAUCACCAUGGAAUACAGUUCCAGUGGGAAGGCCACUGGGGAAGCUGAUGUGCACUUCAGUACCCACGAGGAUGCUGUUGCAGCUAUGCUCAAAGAUCGGUCUCAUGUUCACCAUAGGUAUAUUGAACUGUUCCUGAAUUCAUGUCCAAAAGGAAAAUAAGACUUUCAGGGACUCCAGAUAAGGAUGAAGCAAGAAGCGUGUCAUUUGCACAUCUUUCUUGGACGUGGAUACAAGGUUCCGGUGUAUUAGCAGCAACUGCUAGAGAAAGAAUUUUGGGGUUUUGGGUUAAUUGCUUCUAAGAGAAAUUCCGUAGUGGACUGUUUAGAAAGGGAAAGGAAAGGUUCAGUUUGGGAUUAUGAAAUAAACUACAAAUUUAAAUUUUUGUUUAAACUGUCUAGGAUGUGAUUUAAAAACCUGGUCUUUAUUUUAUGUGAUCAGUUUUCAUAGAGGAUAUUACCCAGUGUGAAGACUACAUAUUUUUAUUUAGCACGGUCCUUUAAAACCCUUCGCCCAUUUGAAGCAUAAUCUAUUCAAAGUAUUGUUCUUUGCCUAUGAAUUGAGAGAUCUGACUUAAAGCUCUUGGUUUGCAGAGUCUCAUGGAAUAAAAUACUGAUGAUUUAUUUUAACCAAACGCCAAAGUGAGGAAAGGUUUCCAACCUUUGGACUAGUGUGGCUUGGUGGUGGGCAUGAUUUUAAGCGUAUAUCAUUAUUUAGAUAAGGGUAGGAAUUAAAAUGAAUCAAAACAAAAAUGCCAGAGGUUAAUAAGUGUAAAUGACAAUAAUUUGGUAGAGUUUUGUGCCUUUAGAAACAUUUUGGCUUCCUAAACCUUAUGCUAGGCAUUUAACACCAGAGCCUGUCUACUUAAGCAGGAAAUACUAGUCUCAAAAGCUGUCUGAAAUGCCCGACUUUACCCCCGCCCCUCCUUUUUUUUUUGUAAUUUUGGGUAGGCGUUAAGGAUGUGUUUGUCUCAAAACUGCGAAGUGACAUGUCAGAACAGUCCAGACUGGUAAGGACAUUAAUGGCUUCACUUGGAUUUAAACCAGCUCUAGAUAGGAAAAAAUCUAAAUCUCAUUUGCUUUGUCAAUGGGGUAGCACAUCCCACAUUUUAGAACAGGUAGGGGUGCCUUGCUUAAAUAAAAAUAACAUUUAAUGUGUAAUUGUGUGGAGGGUUUACGGGUAAAGCUGUAUUUCUGUCACAUUGUGGCCGUACCUUCUGCUUUAAUGUUAAACAGCUUGUUAUUUAAAUAUUGGAUCAAAAUGGCUGACUUCAAAACAUAGUCAUUAAUAAACUAACGUAAUGUGCACCUGUCUAGGAGAAUUAAAGUCCUGUAUACUUUCUUUGCCUUGUUCUCUUCUCAGGGUAACAACUGCCAUGUAGUUACCGGGAGAUGCAACUUUAGUUCUUAAAACUAAAUUAGCCCAGAUUUCUGAGAGAUGACAUCCGAAAGAGAGAUUGUCUUCUCUCACUUAAUACGUUACCACCUUUGAUUACCAGUUAAGAUAGGAAAUCACUGUACUGUAAGUAGUCAAUAAAUGAAGGCUUGUUUUAGGGUGAAGAAUUACUUAAGAGUAUUUAUUAUUGGAGUGUGUGAGUCAAUUGAAUAUAUUUUUAUUACAUCAAGUCCAGGUAUAUUAACAUAAAUGGUUAAUAAUGGUUAAUUUUCAGUUAUGUGUGUGGUUUUUUUAAUUAUCUGUAAGAACACAGUUUAAUUAACCAGCUUAAUAUCUUCCUUAGAUGGUAAUGUGUUUAUAUAUGGUUGAGUGUACUGAGUUUUGAGAACUGGUGUCCAUAGUUGUAUGAUAUAUUAAAAUGUGAUUUAUUUCUCUUCCUUAAGUAGUAGGUAUCUGAUUUACUGUGGAAAAAAUCUUUAAGGCCCUGUGGGAGUGGGAUUGGUGAGGAAUUAAUUCAUUUGCAAUUAUUUUAAAUUCAUUUUCUCUGGGAAAAGAAUAAGGGCAGAAGUAUUAAAAUGCUGUGUGAUAGGUAAGCUUGAAGGGAUAUAACUUCAUGCUAUGCUAGUGGCUGAGUUCUCAGUUCUAAAGGUGGCUGGUUCCUAGGAAGUUGUAUUAUGAAUUCAUAUACUUUACUCCCUUUAGUUACUGUUCAUAAUUUAGUAAAGGAAUGAUUGCUGAGAAGGCAGAUACUACUAGAGGAGAGAGGUAGAAAAGUACAUAAUGCAAUAAAAGAGUAAUCUUUUGUUUCUGUCAAAUCAGAAGAUGUGUUUUUCUCUCCCUAGUGGGUUUAGUUGAUAAAACUGGGGUGUGCAGCACCAUUUGCUAUUGAAGGAAUUAAUGACAGUGAAUCUCCCAAUUCUAUUUGGGUUCCUUAUGUCUUCGUAAUCUUUGUGAUCAAGCUAUCAAAAAUAAUGGGGAGGCUGGACUGUAUAUCCAGGGUACCUAUAUCCUGCUUUGGCCUAGCUAUUUCUCAAGGAAUUACAAGAGAGAAUGCUGCUAACAAAUGUACAUAUCAAGGAGGAAAUGGCUGAAGAUUGUAAGCUGGUUUAAUAUAUUCACCGAUACCAGAAAAUGAAAUAGAAACAGGAAUCCAGAGUGUCCCUCUAUGCCUGAGUGACCAAAGCUUCAGCCAGAUAGGAGACAGAGCCUGCUUUAGGGUGGAAGGCUCUAAGUUGUCCUCACUACUUCUGCAGUGUGGGGAGGAGAAAGACUAAGAAAGCUACUUUCAUGUAGGUGACAAUUUUAUGGUUUGACUGCUUAUUAGUAAACAUGCUGCUGUUAACCAUUUUUUGCCCUAAAGGAUCUCAGCAGAUUCUCGUUGGGAGAUUUAUUUUUCUCCAGGUUACAUCCUGUUCGUCUUAUCAUUAAACACACUCCGUUGUGUUGAGCGUUUCCCCUGAAGUAUGUGAAAGGAUGCACAUUCAGGAGGUAGAUCUUUGCACUGUAGAGUAAGCAAAGCAGAGGCAGGCGCUAGUUCCAGGGGCCUUGAAAAAAGCAAAUUGCUCUAAUGUAGUAGAAAUACAUUUUUCCUCUGAAUUUACCAGAUUAAAAAAUAAUCUCUGAAGUCUGUAGGAAGGUUUAGUCUGAUUCUUAAGCCUUGAUACAAAAAUAGUGGGGCAAUUUAAAAAUUGUCCAUAUUUUAUUUUUUGAAGAAAAUAAAAUUAAAGAGAUUCAAAGGGGUAUACUUGAAAAGUCUCCCCGCUGUCCUUUAUAUCAGCCACUCAGUUCCCCUUCUCAGGCAUCCCUGUCAGUUUCUGAUUCAAAUUUCGAGAUAUUUAGUGUAUAUAUAUAAGAAAAUAUUAAGAUAUAUUUUCAUUUUUAAUAUAAAUUACAGCAUAUUAUAUAUGCUGUUUUCUACAUUGUUUCUUUUCAUUUAAUAUAUCCUAAACAUCAUUCCAUAAAAAAAGAAAAAAAAAAAUCAUUCCAUAGCAGUUAUAUAAAAUCUUUCCUCAUGCUUUUUUAAUGAUUGUAUAGUAUGGAUGUAUGUAAUUUUAGUGUGUCCCUGACAGAUGAAUAUGUAAAUUGUUCCCAAUCUUGCUAUUUUAAUGUUGAAAUGAAUUAGCUUGUAUAAACCUAAUAUAUAUUUCGUACAUAUAUAAAAUUCUCUGUAGGAUAAAUUCCUUGAAGUGGUCAGAGUAUGUGCAUUUGUAAUUUAUGUCUAAAAUUAAAUUUAUACUUUAAAUUGUUUAUAGCUUCCACAGUUUGCCCCAGCAAUGUCUGUUUCCCCACAGCCUUGCCAUUAAUAUAUAUCAGUCUUUUGUUUGUCAAUGUGAUAGGUUUUUUUUUUCAUUUUCUUUUAAAAGUAUUUUCUUAUGAGGUAGCAUCGUUUCAUGUUUAAGAGCUUUUGGGUUUCCUUUUCUGUGAACUGUCUCCAUACCCUCUAUUUUUCUUUUCCUUUUAAAAAAUUCUGUAAAAUUACAGAACACAAAAACAGAAACGUGUAACAAACCUCCCCAUAUAACCAUCAAUCACUGUCAACUCACAGUCAGUCGUGUUUCAUCUAUGUCCCCCCAUAUUAAGUUUAAAGCAAAUCUGGAGCUAGCAUUAUUUUUAUGAGUAAAUAUUUCAGUAUGCAUCUCUUGAAAAAAAAAACUUUAAAAAUACUCUCGUUCUUGAAAAUACUAAUAAUUUCUUAUCAAAUAUCUGAAAUGUCAUUAUUUUUAAGUGUAUUUGAAUGAGGAUCCAAAUAAUGGUCUACACAUGUCAAAUGGUCACUUUAUGCUGCCUUUUUUUCCCUGCAACACUUUCAUAUAAAAAAUUUCAGGCAUUACAGAAAAAAUGAAUUACAGACAGCGCUAUACCCACUAUUUAGAUCCUAUAGUAAACAUUUUGCUCUGUUUAUCAUGUGUCCAUCUGUCAAUCUAUCUUUUUCCUUAUGCAUUUCUAACUUGUAGACAUUUAUACUUGACUCUCAACCUUUUCAGUUUAUCAUUAACCGGAGAGUUUUUUUUCCCCCCACCUUGAGGUGAAAUUUAUAGUGAGGUAAAGAAAGAAACAUUAAGUGUACCAUGCACUGUGUAACCCAAAUCCCUAGCAAUCUAUAGAACAUUUCUGUCACAUCAGAACAUUUCUUCAUCUAGUCAGUUCUUGGACUUCCCCUGUCACCUCUGCCUUCUCUCACAGGCAGCCAUCAUUAGGAUUUGAUUUAGUUCACCACAGACUAGUUUCGCCUAUCCUAGAACUUCAUAUAAAUGGAACCAUACAGUAUAUAAUCUUAUGUAAGGUUUCUUUGACUCAGCAUGUUUUAAGAUUGUGUUUCAGCUGUUGUCCCUCUUCAUUGAUGAGUAGUAGUCCACUGUAUGCCAGGGUUUAACCUUUCACCUGUAACGGACAGUUGGGUUGUGUUUAGUUUUUGGCUUUCAUGAAUAAAGCUGAUAUGAACAUCUUGUGCAAGCCUUUUUGUGGACAUACAUCUUAAUUUCUUUUGGGCAAGUACAUAGGAGUAAAAUAUCCUGAGCUAUAGGGUUGGUAUAUUUGUAAUUACUAGAAAUUGACAUACCCUUUCCCCCACUGGGUUCGGGUUUUCCCCUACUGGUCAUCCUGUUUUACGUUCCCACAAACAAUGUGAGUUCCAGUAGGUCCACCUCCUCAUCAACAUUUGGCGUUGUCAGUCUUUAAUUUUAGCUGUUCUGUGUGUAGUGGUAUCUCAUAGGUUUAAUUUAAAUUUCCCUGGUGUUUAAUGUUGUCAGUCACUUUUUCGUAAGGCUUAUUAGCCAUUCAGAUAUCUUCCUUAGUGAAGGGCCUGUUUCUUCUUUCUCUUACUGUGUAGGUUUCCCCUCAUGUUUCUUUUUCCUUCUUGUUUUUUGUUGAAGAAAUAAGAUUUAAGUUUCACAAUCUGAAUUUUGAUUGCCUGUGAUAUUAUUGCCCAUUUUUCUACUGGAUUUGGUCUUAUUAACUAAUGUGCAGGAGCCCUUUAUUCCUGCAGUGAGCUUUAAAUAGUUCCCUCUCAGUUUGUCAUCUGUCUCUUUACUUGGCUUAUUAUGGCAGAAGUUAUUUUUAUGUGGCUGAAUUGUAAGUCUUCUUUUAUGGCUUCAGGGGUUUGUGCCAGAAUUAGGACAUCUCAGUAAAAUGAUUUUGAAAGCACCUAAUAAUAAGAAUGAAAGUGUAUAGCCUAGACUCUAGAAUAUGGAUAGACCAGUCAGUAACUCAGUGAAAGUGACAAAGAUCAGGGUGGUGAAAUGAGUUCUUUUAUAUGGCCUUUUGUCUUGAUUCUUAGGGAAAACAGCUUGAGAGAUUUUUCUCCAAGGCUCUGAGGAGUUACCUUUGCCCUAGCUUUCUACCCUAGAGGGUUUGUUACUUUUGCCAUAUUGAUUGGCAUUUCCUAGGUAAGUUGUAAACAGCUUGGUCUGAUACUUUUUGUCUGGUCCUGGGCUGCAACCUGCCUUGUGAUUGGUGUGCACCUUGCAGGGAUUGGUCAAUAGACUGUGCAGAUGAGGUGAGUUGUAGCCUACUAUGCAAAUGAAGUGUCUGUGGCCUACUGAGAAGGGAUUGGUAAAUUUGUGGCCCUCAGUGGGAGGGGCUAUGCCUUGAAUUUGACAGGGAGUUGUGUAUAUAAGCAGCCAAGCACAUAGUUUCUAUCAGUUUUUCUGAUAGCAAGAAGCAGGAAGAAGCAGAAGGAAGAAAGAAGAGAGAAGUAGAGAGGAAGCAGGGAACCUUCAAAAUGAACUGUAACACAGGUCAAUGACUAACACUGAAGAUGGCAACAGGCCUGGAAGGGGCCAGUGGCAGAGCUGGCAGCAAGCAAUGGCAGGGCCAAGAGGAGUCCUGCACAGCUAACGGGAGCUGAGAAAAGUCCUGCACUGAAGGAGAGACUGCCCACAUGCUUCCUGAUCCAGGGUUUUGUUGCCUGAUCUUGAUCCUUAGUUGUACCUUGUUAACUUCCUUAAUAAACCACUUAACUACAGGUAUGGUAUGUGAAUUCUGUGUGGCCACUGCAAUGGAUUAUGAACCCAGAAAAGUAGAAGACAGUGCUGUGAGAGGGAUGGCUGGUGUCAGAAUUGGUAAGAAAGGUUAGGUGGAGGUAUGUCUGACCUCCACCUCACAGGGCUCAGCCUUGGGCUAAUCUUGAUUUGCGUUAUCCCACUUGGAGUUAGGUUCAGACGAUGCUAAUACUGUUUCUGCUACUACUACUACCUAAUUUUACAAUCAGGAUACGCAUAAGAAUAUAAAUUAACUUCUCAAAUGAUCCACAGACUAAAUUUGAAGUUUACAGGUGAAAUUUCAUAAGCAUAUUCAAAGACUUGUCAUCUCAAAAACGCAUGUUUCUAACUGAAGGAAAGAGGCUCUGAAUCUCUCUCCCUGCCACUUGACAGUGACAUUGGGAAAUAAAGACCCAAGAGCUAUACUGAGUUAUUCACAGUUACUGAUAAAAAGCUGGCUAUAAUUCUGUCCAUUUCAUGCUCCCUCAAGAAAGCAUGGCGGAAUACAAAUGAUACUGUAGUGAUAAUCAACACGUGGGGUCACCAUGAGUUGGAAUUGACUCUGGGGUAACUUGUAAUUAACUCUUAGGAAUUUGACACCCUCAGCAGUGCUUACAACUGGCUACUGGUUUUGUUUUUAAAUUGUAUUUCAAGAUAACAGAUUCUUUGAAGUUUUAUUUUAGGUGUAUAAAUUGUCAACACUUGGUUUCUGAUUUGGUAGAUUGACAUGCUUGCAAAAAUUUUUAUACAAGAGUAGUAGUAGUUAGGACAAAAUGAACUUUUUCCUCAGGAGUGUUAAUAGAACACCUCAAUAAUUUAUAAUUUCCAAGCCAGCAAACAUCUGAAAAUCAUUAAAUUUGACCUGGGAGAACAUUUGUGGAUAUAUUGGGCUAAUUUAUUUGAAAAAAAUACUAGACUAUAAAUCAAAAGAGCUAUUUACUUCUGAAAUAUAAUUAUUUAAAAAAGGCCUGCAUUUACUGUUUGAACAAGGGUGAAAUGAGGUUGUAAUGGACAGUGGCCCUGAAUGCAACUUUGUAAUCAUUAGGACAAACCUUUUGCAGUGUGGUUAAAUUCCCUUCAUGUUUUAUAAUUUGCCUAUAAAUAAUGAACCACAGGCCUUCACAUAGCACAGCAUCAGCUUAUCUACCCUGGAAAAAUCCUCAGAUGCUAUCUGGAAAUAACUCAAACUCUCAUUUAUGGAGUUCAGCUAGGUUCCAUUUAGACCUAUAAGUUUUAUGAAUGAAAGCACAAUUUUUUAAUUUAAAUAAAGCUUCAGAAUAAGUUUAGAUGUACAGAAAAGUUGUGAAAGUAGAGUUCCAACAUACAUGACACCCAGUUUCCAUGUUGUCGACAUCCUACAUUACUGCACUACAAGUUGUCACAACUAAGGGACAAACAUUGGUACACUAUUAAAUAAGUGCCACCUUUUAUUCAGAUUUUAAUUUUUCCCCCCUCUAAUGUUUCAGGAUCCCACAUUAUAUUUAGUCCUCAUGUCUCCCUAAACCACCUCAGCUGUUGUUUUUGAUGACCUCAGUUUCUCAGGCUUUCAUCGUUUUUCAUCAUCUUGACAGUUUUAAGGAGUACUGUUCAGGUAUUUUGUAAAACAUCACUUUUCUGAUGAUUAUGGGUCUUUGGGAGGAAGGCUACAAGGGUAAAUAAAGUGCCGUGCUCAUCACAGAUGAAGGGUGUGUGCAAUCAGCAUGACCUUCCGCUGAUGGUGUUAACUUAUAUCACCUGGCCAGGAUAGCGUUUGCCAGAUUUCUCUUGUAAAAAAAAAUUUUCUUUUCCUUUCCAUAGUCUACUCUUGGGAACCAGGUUAUUAAACACAACCCACACUUACGAGGUGGGGAGUUACACUCUCUCCUUGAAGCAGAGUAUCUACAUAAAUUAUUGGGAAUUUUGUGAGAUUUCACUUCUUCCUCAUUUAUCCAAACCUGUGUAUCAGUAUGGACUCAUGGACAUUUAUACGUUGGGUUAUCAUCAUGCAGUAUUUUCUGGCUCAGAUUGUUCCAGCUUUGGCGAUUGGUAGCUCUUUUAGUUGCCUGUGUCCCUUUGACAUGCUCUCAUCCUUUUGUUUUUAGACCACUUCCUUUCUGUCACUACAUACAUGCCCCAGACUGAGAAUCAGCCAUUUUGCCAAGGAGCCCUGGUUCCUUUUACUGGAGAAUGAUAGUAGAAAUCAAGAGCUGGCUGUUGGCAAUGUCAUUGCUUCUGCGUUCUCAGUGGACAACUAUGUGCAUGUGUACUAGCCCAUGUAUCCAUGCAUUUCUAUAAUUGUUUAUUCCACCUCAGAAAGCACAAUUUUAAAGAAGAUACAUCAUUAAGCUAAGGUAUUCAUGACUUGGCCCUCUUGCUUCUGUGGACAGCUGCGCUAAUAUUGAUAGAUCUUUGGGACUUUGUAUGCAAAUCUAAAAUCUCAACAAUAACCAAACCUGUUGCCGCUGAGUCGAUUCCAAAUCAUAGUGACUCUAUAGGAUAGACUAGAAGCGCCCCACAGGGUUUCUAAGGAUCAGCCGGUGGAGUCAAACUGCCAACCUUUUGGUUAGCAGCCGUAGCUCUUAACCACUGCACCUUCAGGGCUCCAAUAAAAUCUUGAGUGACUGUUAUUCCUUCUUACAGAGCUGCCCCUUUUUAAUUUAAAUCAAAACUAAUUAUCAAUAAUUUUUGCUAUGUUAGAAUAAUUCCCAUUUUGUCCAUUUUUAUUCCCGUUAUCUGUUAACACCUAGAACAGUAUAGGUACACGCAGGUGGCCAAAAAAUGAGAAGAAAAAAGCGCACACACAAAGGGAAAAAAGAUGACAAAGCUAGAAUUAAACCCAGAAUUAGCAGAUUUUAUUUGUCCAUAGGACUCUCAAGCCUCAGUUUCACCAAGUAACAGGCAAGACUUCUGGAAUGACAACUCUUUCCCAGGCUGUAACCCUUUCCGGGAUACAGGAUUUAUCAAACAACCUCAGUUCCAGGAUGUUUCCACCCCAAAAUUCCAAACCAGUCGCAGAUUUAUAUCUUCUUAGGUCUUAAUUGGAAUCAAACAGUCCAGACACAUGCAACACGGGCAAAAUAGUAUAUUCCAUUUCUUUCCUUCCCUCGCACUUCCCUCUUUGCCCUCAAAGGGUUUGUUAUCAGAGAUGUUUGAGUAUUGCCCUUUCCAAGAAACCUGUCCACCAGCUCUAAUUCUUCGCUCAGAACAUAAGGGAUUCCUUAAAUUAAAAAAAAAAAAAAAAUCUGAGCUAAUUAUUCUCAGCCAUGGACAAA